GGAAUGACACGCCCCCCUUGCUGCUGAUUGGUCGGUUGUUUUUAGGCUCAUAGAUGAAUGGUUGGGCUUCACGUCAUUUUAGAGUGAUUAGCCCCGCCCUGAGGCUCAGUCCGCUUCCCCCGGUGUGAUAGAGAGAGAGAGAGAGAGAGAGAGAGAGAGAGGAUUAUAUCAUGGCGAGGGCAGAGGUGUGAGUCCGGACGUGGCACCUGGAGGAAACUUCAUCAGUCCAGAGUAAAGUCUGUCCUGCAAUGUGUCAGGACCGGAAAGCUACUUUUCUUCUGAUCAAACAAUCACUUUAAGCGGAGAGGAAAGAGACUGACAUGUCCCUGCUGUGUGUCAGAGUAAAGAAAGCCAAACUCCAGGGGCCUCCAGACAAAUUUAAUGCCUAUGUGACCCUGAAGGUGCAGAAUGUCAAGAGUACGACCAUCAUGGUGCGGGGAGACCAGCCAUGCUGGGAGCAGGACUUCAUGUUUGAGAUCAACCGCUUGGACCUGGGGCUCAUUGUGGAGGUUUGGAAUAAAGGACUCAUCUGGGACACUUUGCUGGGGACCGCGUGGAUUCCUCUCAAAAGCAUCCGUCACUCUGAGGAGGAAGGUUUGGGAGACUGGACAUUUCUACACUCUGAGGUUUUGAGGAAAGCAGAUGAAAUCUAUGGCACUAACAACCCGACACCUCACAAAGUGCUCCUGGACACCCGCUUCGAGCUUCCCUUCGAAAUCCCAGAGGACGAGGCUCGGUACUGGUCCUGUAAAUUGGAGAGCAUCAAUGCCAUGGGGAUGCACGAUGAGUUUCCGCUGCAGGAUGAUGUAGUAUGCCGUCCUCUUCCCUUGGCUGCCUCUCAAUGUUGCAGCUAUUUCGGAUGGCCCGAAGUAUCCCAAACACUGGAUGAUCUGGACAGUGCAAUGGACGACCGGGACAGUGACUACAGGAGCGAAACAAGCAACAGUCUGCCCCCACGCUACCACACCACAGCCCAGCCCAACUCUUCAGUACACCAGUAUCCGGUGGGGCCACGUUUCCAGCAACACGCCGACUCCUGCACCGACUCUGUGCAUAGUUUUGAACUGGACUACAGAGACAAUCAUCCAAGCAGAACCCUAAAUGAGAGAGGGAGGGUUAGAAUAAUUCCUGUAGACUCUGGUAUGGGAGUAGAGGACUGGGAGCUCAAAUAUAAAAUGUGGAGCAAAGGUUCUCUUAAUGAUUACCUUGAUGAAGAAGAUUGCGACUUGGAUAUAGAGGAUGGCAAUCCAAAUAAGAUCAUUCCCUUCAAAAGGUCUGGUCAGAAUUCCAUGAUUAGAGAGCAACCCCAAAAGACAUCACUGAAUCCUGCCUAUCCAGAGAGUUACAACACUAUCGACCGAAGACUUAGAAAAAAGACUGGAGAGCCAGUUGGAUUUCUAAAGACAAAUACGGAAUGCAUUAAAGACUUCUUCAACCCUGAUCUUGCUCUCCUCCGUCAGAAACGGGGAGAACUUGUACUACGUCAAGUAGCAGAAAUGGAAGAAGAUGAUGAGAAGAUGAUGCCUUGCUUGAUGCCAUACAAAAAUGGCUUGUUCUACAAAACUAGAAUGCAGGCUAAAAACAACGUGGAAAACACGUCACGGGACUGCAUUGUAUAUCAAGACAUAGAAGAAACAAGACUUAGGAGGAGAAUCGAGCCUGAUUCUGAAGGCUCUGAUGAGAUGCAAGGAUCUGAGGAGGAGUUAGAUGAAUUCUGCUCAGAGAUUCAUCAGCACUAUAAACACUACAGAGACGUAGCUCAGGGAUAUCAUAAUAGGAAGACUACAAAGGGUAAAAUUGGGGGAGGUACCCCAGAAGUUAUGUUAUCACCUGUGGAGGAACCCGUUGAUGAAUAUGUCGAUCCAAUUGAUGAACUUCAGUGCUUAGUGGAAAGUGUGUCUGAAUAUCUGGCUGAAAAAGAGCAGGAGAUAAGUAAUUAUGGUUUUCUGCCUGAAACAAGUGAAUCGAGGCUGUCCUCCCAGGGGAGUGUAAGGACAGGAUCUUUUGAAGAUGACCAAGGCAUCACUUCUAAGGAGUUAAAAGAAGUCAAUUCUAUAGAGGCCAAGGAGAACAAAUUGUCUGAACAGGGCUCAGGCAAGAAGAAUGCUAUGAACUUCUUGAUUAGCUCCUUAACUGACAGAAUUGCACCAAAUUUAAAACAAACAAGUUCAAAUAAUGUUCAGAGUUCGGAAGAAUAUGAUGAUGAUGCAGGUAGCUCUGGUUUAUCAAAGCUAUUUUCGUUAAUGACAAAGUCUUCAAGUCUGGCACCGAUUGCUGUGGUCUCUCCUGCUCAAGAAACUCCACCUGAUGAGAGGACGUUCCUGAAGCCUAGUCAACCAUCAGAUGCAAAGCCACAUCAAAUGCUUCAAAAAAUACCCAUGAAAAUUCCCCAACAAAACAAUAAGCACAUAAAUCAAAAUGUAAAUAAAUUCCAGCAACCUUCCUCUGUAAAGUCUGAGUUCACAGAGGAAGCCCUGACGCUCUCAAACCCUCCAAAUCUUUCCUCAGUAGGAGGUGCUUAUGGGGCUAGCAAGAGUUUUUCAGAAGAUUUUAGUAAGAAUGAGCUUGGAAGGAAUCACGGACAUUCAGUAGAUCAAUUAAAUGAUAUGCAAGAUUUCAGGCAUAGUGGAGAUCAGACUAGAACCAUCAAUGAGUCUCCAAAAUCUACUGCAGAUUUAGGAUUUUUUAUGCCCUUAAAGAAAUCAUUUAGCUCUCUGAUCUCUCCAGUUCCUCGUAUGCCUCCUGAGCACCAGACUCAAACGGUUUUUCCUGUAUUCAGGAUAGAAAAUGAUGUCCGAGAGGCAAAAUCUUUGCCUGAGAACAAAAUGGGAGAUGAAGUACCCACGCAGCAGCCCCCAAAAGAAGAAAGGGCAAUGUUUUCUGGACUCUUAAAAUUUGCCUCAGGUGAUGAUACUGGUGAAUUUCAAAUUUCACAACAGCAUGCAGCCAAAUCUAAUCAGACUGCUCCUUCUAAAAGUACCUCUGCAACUAGAUUUCCCUCAAAUUCCAACAAAGCCACAUCCUCAGGUCAGUAUAUUGCUGAGAUGCAGUCCAAGCAGACUUUAGAGACUAGUUGGUUUUCAAGCCUUUUCAAGAAUGAACCAAAUGAAAAGAUGCAGCCUGCAAGUCCACAAGGCCAGAUGUUAGUGAACCAGAGUUUUAGACCAGCUACUGGUUCAAGUGAACACCAAAAACCAGCAAAGGCAGUAAACAAACAAAUGUAUAAUAUGCAACAAACGUCAAACCCAAAUACUUCUGAGUCAGAAUCGCAGAAAAGAAAAGGCUUAUUUUCUACCUUAUUUAAAUCAUCAUCUUCUGAUGACAUGCCAGGUUCCAAAACUGAUCUGCAUUCUGAUGAAGAAGGUUUGUUUUCUGGUCUCAAGUAUUUUGCCUCUUUUGGUGGCAUGCCAAAAAGUUCGGACUCGAACCAAAUACAAAUCAGAAAUGAAGCAUGUCAAACGAAGAAUCCUGCUCAAACCCAUCUAGAAAAUCAGCCAUGUGCUCAUAAGCAAGCAGAAAAACCUCCUCCGUCAGGAGCUUCUUUAUUAGGUUUAGAACCACCUCAACACAGAGACCUUACAGACUCUCAGCAACCUCCACCACCUCCUCAGGAUCAUUUAUCUGCCGCUCAAAUUGCGUCAACUGAACCCCAGUUUAAACCUCAAAAUACAAGAUCGAGUUCUGUAGAGGGAAAAUCCUUUGAACAUUCCCCUGCUUCAGGAAAAAAAGAUCCCCAGUCUGGAAUAUUGUCUGAAAUUUCUAACAAGUUCACUGAUUCUUUUGAUGAAAUUUCAGAGAAUAAAUGGGAUCCAUGUGACCAAGACCAACAGAGCAUACAACAAGAGAGUUAUUUUCAAAGUGUGCCAAUAUAUGGACAGCAGACUGUAGUGAGAGACCAACAUUCCUCUGAUUCCAGGGUGAAAUCUGUCCAAUGUAUGGACCAGAGCUUGAUUUCAAACAAUUUAAAAAAGUGUUCAGAUGAAUGUCUUUCAGGAGCCAAUGUUGAAUUUGACAAAGAAACAAACAGAAGCCAAAACAGAUGUAAAAGCACUGGCAUAAAGAAUGCACCUCUCUACAGUGAUGACAAUAAUUUGGACCUGAGGACUUUGGCAAGUUAUGAAAGAUCACAACAAAGGAAUGUGACCUAUAUUUCAAAUAGCACAGGCCAUUUGCCACAGACGGCAAAUUUCCACGAUUCUUCCUCAAAUGGUGUAAAUAAAAUAUAUGGCAUGUCUUCCCAUGUUGGCCUCGCAGGUCAAUUACAGUCACCACAACCAUAUUUAGCACAGAGCUUCCCCUUUUUAUAUAAUUUCCCAAAGCAGCAUUCUUUUCACGAUAACUCAUCUAAUAGUUUUGGACCUACCUAUGACCACUACUGGAGCCAUAAUUCUGUUCUGGGAGAACUGAAUAACCAGUCAUUGAGCUAUGAUCCAUAUGAAUAUAGUAUUUUACCAAGUCUAGAAGCAUCUCAAAAGAAUGAAAUUGGCUUGGAGCAGGAAGAGUAUCAAAGAAACCUAGCCAACAAUUUAAAUGUGCAAAAAAAGUGGAGCAUCUAUAGCAGUUUGGACCUGAUCAAUAAUUGUGACUCCUGUUUCGAAAAAAGGGGCGCCUUAGAUUUGAGCAAAAAAGUCAAUGCUAAUUUUGGUAGUUUGCAGUCAUUCAACGAGGACAGCUGCCACAGUUUAAAUAGUGUAGCUUACCUUGAAGGUUAUUACGAGCAACAUCCAACAAAUUUAUCUUACUCUGCUGACAGAGAAAAUUAUUCUACAGGAACAAAUGGACAUCCCGAAGGCAAUGGUUUCAUUGGUUGCCCUUAUGCCUGGAAUGAUACUUCUGCAACAACUGUAGAUAUUGAGGACUAUGCAUAUUUUGAAGAUACAGAAUGGUACCAACAAUGGCUCUUACUUCUAGAGCAAGGUAUGUGGUGGCCGGCAGAUGAUGGAGAUUGUGGAUACUUUGUCUACACUGAUCACGAGUAUAUCUAUGCCUUGCUGACAGAUGGCUCUGGUCAGUAUGUUUAUGCAUGUGCUCCUGAAGAUGAGUUGUGGGAAAACAAGCAGCUAUCUGAUAACUAUCCAUGUGCCUUGCUCAACAAUGAGAUGGUUAUUGUGUGUGGUUUCAAAAUUCCUCUGUACAACGAGGAUGAACUCUUCUGGUUCCCAGGACAAGAUCAGAGUGAGGCUCGGCUUCUAAACGCACCCCUCGACCUAUCAGAUGUGUAUAGGAAGGGUAAUGAGAUCAUGAAUCUAAACUUGGAAAGGUUCUCACAGAUGUUUGAGAGCUCCAUUCCUGCUCAAAGACAACAAUCUAUCGAUUUUUCUUCGUAUCGAUUAAACAAGGUUAAAAUGGACACCAGGCAACCGACACAAAACGGUUUUGCUAACCAGGAUUCUUUUCUGGAAGUCCUAGAUCUAAGAGUUAAUGGAACUAUUACUAAUCAUGAAUCAAACCAUAAAAACAAAGAACUGCUUUCUCGAAAAGUCUCCAUUUCUGCUUGCCCAACCGCAACAACACACUCAUCAGGCGUUUACACGUGUUACCAGCCUCGUCAGAGACGUCGUUCAUCCUCUGGAUUACAAGUAAAGCAUGUUGAUGACACUUCAGAGGAAGAAUGGCGAAAGAGAGUUCAGCCUGGAGAGGAACAGAUCAAGAAACCAAUCAAGAAAUUAUCGUCUGUCUUUUCUUCUCUUGUUGGAAAAAGUCAAGAAUCUGAUUCACACAGAAGCGUAACUGGCUCAAAAACCUUCACAACUGCCAUAAAUGCUCCAAAUCCAGCAUUGAUUCAAGUCCUAGAAGCAUCUGUAAAUGUUCAGGGGUCAAUUCACAAACCGAAGCUGGCUAGACAAGGCACUGUGUCUCAGCAAUCUUCUUCUUGUGAAGUUUCUAAAAACUCAACAGACAUACCUGUCAACAUGCCCGUUUUUUCAACAGAUCCAAAAAAUUGUGAAAAACCUGAGCAAAAUCAAGGAGGCUUUCGAAGUUUUUUUAGGAAUUCACUCGGAAAAGACGAACUGAAUCAAGCGUCUGUCAAAUCUAUUCAAGGUGAACCAAAGCAGACUAAGGAAAAUGCAUUUGACCUUAAAAGAGUACAGAGAGUGGGAGAAUUGUUAAACUUUGAAAACUCUACUUCGGUGCUGCCACUGAAGGAAUCCUGUUCACAAAUCCCUUCUGCACCUCCAUCUUUUGGUUUAAGAAAUGAUGCUAAAGAAACAGACUAUGUUAAUCAUAGGACUUCGACAUCUGAAGGAGUUGGGAAACCACAGAGAUCGAGUAUAUUGAGCAUGGGUAGUCAGUCAGAUAUUUCCGAAGCAUCACAGAUACCUCAGGAGCAAAUACCUAAGACUGCAUCACAGAUUUCAGAGGUUUCUCAAGCAACACCACCAACCUGUUAUAAUAAAUCAGAACCUUUAACGAAAUCAGCAAGUGGAUUGUUUGGCUUUUCUAUUGUAUUUCCUGGGCGCACCAAAAAGGAAGAACCUGCAGGGAGAGGGCUACUGUCAAUGUUUACUGAUUUUAGCCCCCAAAAGGUACCUCCUCAAAGAGAAUCAACUUUUCAAUGUCAAGUCGAUCAAAUGACUGAAAAAGCACCUUAUAAAAAAACAUCAAGCAUAGAUUCAUUUUCUGGCCCUGAUGCCACUAGUACUCAACAAACUUGCACAUCAUCAAAUCAGGCCCCAAAAGAAACGAUAGGUAUUAAGGCUUUUACUUUGUUUAGUGGUUCAAAUCCACCUCAAAAUUCAUCACCAACUAGAUCUACCAGUCAGCAAUCAUCUCAUGGACUUGCACCUCAAGAUCCUCCAAAGACUGCUUCGCCAGAAUCAGGAUCUAUUCUUGGUGGAAUAUUAGGUGGCCUUUCAAACUUUAAUGAGCGUCCGGUUAAAAGCUUUUUUUCUAGGCUCGGUGCAUCUACCUCACAACCUUUAUCCACCCCUCAACCAACAGCUGGUCCAAUAAAUGAUGCUGAAAUUCCAGAUCAAGUGCCCCCUAAACAGCUACAGGAAAAGGAUAUAAUUAGCGGUGUACAAAAACCACAACAUCAACAAGCAAUUCCUCAAAAAGAGCCACCUAGAACGCGUCUACUCUCAUUGCUUGGUGUUUAUAGUCCACAACAGAAUACACCUCAAGCAACACCCGUUCAGAUUGGAUUUUUAUCAAGCGCCAAUAAAGGCGCACCAAAUGAAGUAUUCUCGACAUUUGGAAAACCGCACCAUGAGCAAAAUGCUAGCACUGCCCCACAAAUAGAUUUUGACCAAUCCCCUGGAACGAGUUCCUUGCAAAAUGAGCAAUCUACCAGGUCUUCUGUAAAAUAUAUACCAUCAGUAUUUAGUGUUCCCACAUCACCACAACCAGACUGUAUUGUUUCAUUACCUGAUGAUGAACUGUCCAUUUUCAGCACCAAAACUCAACCAACUUCUAUUUCUCGCUUAGAUGAAAGUCCAGGUACAGGUUUGCUGUCAAAGCUUAGUGAAGGUCAUUAUCAAGCCUAUGAAGCACCAGAUAUACAGACUUGUGCUUCUGCGGAAGAUUCGUCCACUGUUCCGGAGGAUAUUACUUCAUUAGUUGACACGAAUUCCGUACAUACAGAAUCAGCUAGUAGUUUACCAAACCCUCCCAUGUGUUCAGGACCUGGGGUUACUGCUCAGAAUGCAGCAUCUGGUUUAUUGUCAAUGUUCAGUGGGUCAGGUUCCCAAAAUUCAGCCCCCCAAGCUGGAUCUGUACUUGGUGGAAUUUUUCCAGGUACCAAAGGACAAAAUGACAUUUCUGGCAAGAAUCUGCUUUCUGUGUUUUCUGGCCCGAGAUCAAAUUCCAGUUUAGAUGUAGAGGAUUGUGGACCUUCAGCAUCAAAAGUACCACCUGGAAAAAGUUUGCUAUCUAUGUUUGGUGGGACAAGUCCACAAGAGCUCUCAUCUUCAACAUCAUUACUGGGAGGCAUUUUUACUGGUGGCAUUACUCCUAAACAGUCAGGAAGAGGGCUGCUUGCCAGGUUUGGUGGCCCUAGUUCAAUACUAACCAGUCAGACAGAAGUAACAUCCAAGCAACUGCAAGCUGACGGACAGUUUGUUGGUUCCUCAAUUUGUUCUCAGGGAGGUACCUCAAAUGAUGUGUUAUUCAGUGAAGAAAAUAACCUUGAGUUUGAAAAAUCUGUGGUUAUAAGUUCUGAACUUUCUGGUUCACGAUCAGCUAACACUGUUUCAGGUGAAAGUACAAAAAAGCUUGAGGGUUAUGAAACAAUAAUGCUGCACCCACAAUCAGCAUCAUCACAACAACAUAAUUGUUAUUUUACUACUGCAAUGGAGAAAGAAACUAUAGAGGGAAAACCUACAGCAGCAAGCCAAGACAAUAUGGAGUCUGCUGCUUUAUCUGGAGAAUUAGUUAGCAAUACUCACUCAUGGCCUGAGAAAAAUGAGGUUUGCCCACAGCAUAAAACAGAAGAUUUUGCUACACCAGAAUGUGUAAUUGCAGAUAAAGAAGGACAACAAAAACUUUCUGAUGUUGAGAAGUCUGUUUUUUACACAUCAGCUGAUAUAGUCUCUGGGUUCAUGUCUAAAAUGUUCUCAGGUACCACCGGACCCUCAAAAACAUCAAGCAGUCUUUUCUCUUCAGCGCAAGCUUCAUUUUAUAAGUCAACAUCUACUAAAGGGUCAGAGUCACAACAGACAACCAAAAUCUUUGGCUUAGCAACCGAUUCUCUAAAAAGUGACCUCCUUGGUAAGUUUAAAUCUCAUCAAACGGUCAAUCCAGCAGAAGCAUCACCAAAUUUUAAUUCUUCUCCAUCACCUGAAUUUACUGUUCAAGAUCAAGGAGUACCUACUGAUGUAGUAACACCCCCUUCAGGACAUGUAAAGUUGAUUGAGAAUGUAAUUAAAACAGACUCCAUUUUAACUGAGCAACCACUGCACCAAGUCAUCAAGUCUGAUACAACUAAAAACUCAGCACCUGCAAGUUUGAACCCUGAAGUUAUUAUACUUUGUAAUGAUACGGUCAUUGAAUGUGACAUGGUAACAAGGAAACCAGUCAUUUUUAGUGAUUUUGAAGAUACAUUGACCGGCAAGUCAGGACCAGUUCAAGAACCUUCUGUGUCCGAACCAUCCCAGUCCAUGUUUGGUAUAGCUGGUUUAUUGCCACCGAAGCUUAGCUUUAUAACAGAUGCUGGAAAUUCCAGGAAGUCUUAUGGUCCUUCAGCAGCUAGUGAAGGUCUUCCUUCAAAGCCUCAAUCAGAUAAUGGUGGACUGUUGUCUGGACUGAAAUCAUUCUCAGCAAGUUUGUUUUCAGAAGAGAAGCCAAGAGCAUCGACUCAUGACCCAGCACUACAGUUUGGUGCAAAAAUAGGUUUUUGGCAAAAGGAAGCACCGGUACCUAUGAAAAAGCAGACUUCUGGUGUGGUUACAGCUCAGCCUGAGUCACAAGGUUUUCCAUACAACACAUGUUCACCAGACGUUAGCCUUUUGAUUUCAAAGGAAAUGGACGAAAAUAUCAAUCAAAUUGAGAAUGAAAUGAUACACAGAACUAUAAUAGAUGUAGACAGAUCCGAGUAUGAGGACCAGCAUUUUCUAGAUGACUCACAAAUUAGUAUGUCCUCCCUUGGGCUAGAUUGUCCUUCCCCUAAAGAGCAGGAAUCUCAGAUCAAGCUCCCAUCCUCUGCAGCUCUAUCUUCUGGAUUCCAUCAGGAAUGCAAGGAACUUAUGAGUGCAAAAAGGCUAGUAGCAUCAUAA